AUGGAAACGACUGAAGCCAGGAUUCCUACAAUGUCUGAGAUUCUACAAGAGGCCAUGACUCGCAUAAAAAAGGCAGCAGAAAAAAAUGUAGAGUUGGAGACGAUUGCAAACGACCUUGAGAAAUCAAUUAAGGAGUGGGAUGAUUUUGUACGAGAAAGCGAUAAAAUCAAUGCUGCAUUGAAAAAACUCAUUGAUGAUGAGGGCAACAUAAUCGAAAAAAGUAAGAUACAUUCCAUUGGUAGCAAUAUCGAAGGAUUAAGAAGGUGGGUUAUUCUACAACAGGCCAAGACUCACAUCAAUAAGGCAAGAGAAAAAGAUGAAGAUUUGAAGAUUGUAAACGAGCUUGAUAAAAUCAAUGCACUAUCCAGAGAUGAAGAUUUGAAGAUGGAAAACGAGCUUGAUAAAAUCAAUACAGUAUCCAGUCGUGUCUCAAAGUGGGAGAGCGAUUUCGAUGGUGAAAUUGAUAAAAUCAAUACUGCUUUGAAAGAACUACUAAUUCUCAAACAAGGCGACGACAGUGAAAGACAAAAAAAGAUAAAUUCUGUUCUUGGCGAUAUCAAACAAUUAAGAAGGCGAGGUAGUUCAGUGCAGUUCACUAAAGUGAAGACCAGUUCAUCAUCUCGGCCACCACAGACACAAGAUGUGGCUUUGUCAGAGUUCCAGAAAAUGUCAGAAGCGUGGAAACAACUUGGUUUGGAAGAGAACAUUUUUUCAAAGACGAUAAACGUGGGAAAUCUUCAAUCAAGUUACCACAAUGGCUUCAUCAAUGGAAAUGGGAAAAAGACAGCUGAGGAGGUUGGAGAAGAAGUGUUUGAGAAACUCAUAAAUCAAGGCCUAAUUAGACCGGUAGUAGACCGUCAUGAUUCAUGGCCAAUUGUGAAUAAAUGUAACCUGCACCCUUGGAUUCACCGUAUGUUAAUAUCGUUGGCCAAGGACGUUGAACUUUUUGAAUUCAUUAACAAGAGUCCCAAUACCAAGGUGCCCAAACAUCGGCGGUCGUGCUUAGUUUCCAUGACUCAAAACUAUUCUUCAGCUGAUCAGUAUCCCGCAUUGCCUGAGAACUUGUGGACAUUAUUCAAUUUAAGUGAGCAAUAUCUUCAUUUCAAACCAGACUGGCUUACCAAGUUGAAGAUGAUUGAGGUUCUUCAGUUGGGGCGUUGGCAGGACGACAUUUUAAAUCACAUUGAAGCGAUAAAUGAAGAACUUCUGAAAGGUUUGGGGGCUCAGAAAAACUUGAAGUAUCUUAGUCUCCGAGGGAUUUCAAGAAUAGCUGAACUUCCUCCUUCCAUUGUAAACCUCACCAGCCUUGAAAUUCUUGAUCUUAAAGCAUGUCACAAUUUAGAGACAUUGCCCAAUGAUUUUUCAUUAUUGAGGAAGCUGACGCAUUUGGAUGUAUCGGAGUGUUACUUACUAGAAAGAAUGCCAAAGGGGCUUGAUGCCCUCACUUCUCUCCAAGUGUUGAAGGGAUUUCUUAUUGGAGAUUCAAAAACCACUCCCUGCAGACUUGGUGAUCUGGGCAAAUUGCCGAGAUUGAGAAGGUUGAGUAUCUAUAUAGUAAGUGCAGCUGAAAUCCAAGGCGAUACACGUGACAGCCUGGAGAAAACUUCCUCUCUUCGCUGCCUAACAAUAACAAUUACACGUUACGUUCUAAUUCAGAAUCAAGAGAUAAAGUAG